AUGGAAAUGUGUGAGCGGAAUCCUUUAAAUCCCGGCUAUGUUGGUUCUCUUCUGAAUUUUGCUCCACCCGAGUCGCUGUAUUUCUCCAAUUUACGCGGCAAUGGAACCCACUUACACGGGCUGCAUCAGCUUCCAUAUAGCAGGAGAGACGUGUGCACCCUCCCAUGGACUUCCUCAAGUUCGUGCGCAUCUGGACCUGCCGCACCACCAACACCGAGCCGUGCUUUCGGUGGCUACUGCCCGCCGUUUCUGUCCAGUUCGGUGUCUAUAAAUCCCAACACCUCCAGCGGCCACGUCAAGACUCAUUUGGAGGAGUCUGCUGCUCGAUGCUACCAAGAUGCGAGCCUCAAGACAGAAGAGUCUGGCAGACAAGAUGAAGUUUACGCCUCGGAACAUGGGGUCCGUGGUUACUCAGAUCUAGACGAGUCUCACGGGUCUGCGGCACAACUUGAUCCUGCAGCUCCACUAAAUGUGAACGGUUCCAAACAGAAGCUCAGUCUCACAGAGACAAUACCAAAUAACUUGUGCUCCAGGUCGACUUUUGGCCAGGGUGCCCCGUGGUGCUCGUCCCAAGUGAAAACAAGAAAGAAGAGGAAGCCUUACUCGAAGCCACAGCUAGCUGAACUUGAGAAUGAAUUUCUGAUGAAUGAGUUCAUUAACCGACAGAAACGCAAAGAAUUGUCUGAUAGACUCGACCUGAGCGACCAACAAGUGAAAAUAUGGUUUCAGAACCGAAGGAUGAAGAAGAAACGACUAAUGAUGCGCGAACAAGCUUUCUCCGCUUUUUGA